ACAGACAAGGUUGCAGGAAAGCUGAGUUCUACUCUCACAUGGGUGAAGAACACAGUAUCGCAUACAGUCAGUCAGAUGGCCAGUCAGGUGGCAAGUCCAUCUGCUUCAUUACACACUACAUCCUCAUCCACCACACUGUCAACACCAGCCCUUUCCCCAGGCUCUCCAUCACAGCUGAGUCCAGACGACAUAGAACUCCUGGCUAAACUGGAGGAACAAAAUAGAUUGUUAGAGACGGACAGCAAGUCUUUAAGAUCUGUGAACGGGUCAAGAAGGAACAGUGGCUCCUCUCUCGUUUCAAGCUCUUCCGCCUCUAGCAACCUCAGCCACCUUGAAGAAGAUUCUUGGCUUCUCUGGGGAAGAAUUGUUAAUGAUUGGGAAGAUGUACGCAAAAAGAAGGAAAAGCAAGUUAAGGAACUUGUUCGUAAAGGAAUUCCCCACCACUUUCGAGCUAUAGUUUGGCAACUUCUAUGCAGUGCACAAAGUAUGCCAAUUAAGGAUCAGUAUUCAGAACUUUUGAAAAUGACCUCACCUUGUGAAAAAUUGAUCCGAAGGGACAUUGCAAGAACUUACCCAGAACAUAACUUUUUUAAGGAAAAAGAUAGCCUUGGACAGGAGGUUUUAUUUAACGUAAUGAAGGCAUAUUCUCUGGUGGAUCGAGAGGUUGGUUACUGUCAAGGAAGUGCAUUCAUAGUUGGCUUGUUGCUUAUGCAGAUGCCAGAAGAAGAAGCUUUCUGUGUGUUUGUUAAAUUAAUGCAAGAUUAUAGACUACGUGAACUUUUUAAACCAAGUAUGGCAGAAUUGGGCCUUUGCAUGUAUCAAUUUGAAUGCAUGAUACAGGAACAUCUUCCAGAGCUCUUUGUACACUUUCAGUCUCAGAGUUUUCAUACCUCAAUGUAUGCAUCAUCCUGGUUUCUGACAAUCUUUCUUACAACUUUUCCACUAUCAAUCGCAACAAGGAUAUUUGAUAUUUUUAUGUCUGAGGGUUUAGAAAUAGUGUUUCGAGUAGGAUUAGCACUUCUCCAAAUGAAUCAAGCAGAACUAAUGCAGCUUGACAUGGAAGGUAUGUUGCAGCACUUUCAAAGAGUCAUUCCACAUCAGUUUGAUGGCGGAACAGACAGAUUAAUCCAGGCGGCGUACCAAGUCAAAUACAACUCAAAAAAAAUGAAAAAGCUUGAAAAGGAAUACACUACGAUAAAAACUAAGGAAAUGGAAGAGCAAGUUGAGAUUAAAAGGUUACGCACAGAAAAUAGACUUUUAAAACAACGCAUUGAAACAUUAGAAAAAGAAAGUGCUUCCCUGGCAGAUAGAUUGAUACAGGGACAAGUGACCCGAGCGCAGGAGGCUGAGGAAAGUGACCUCAUAAAACGGGAGCUAGCCACCGUCAAACAGCAGAGUGACGAGGCCAGUGCUAAGCUGGAGCAAGCUGGAAAUACCAUCAGGGAGCUCCAGCACCAGCAACAAUGGCAUAAAUGCAGUUCCAGCUACAGUGAAGAUUUUGUGCUACAGCUGGAGAAGGAAUUGGUUCAAGCCCGACUGAGGGAAGCUGAGUCUCAAUGUGCACUGAAGGAGAUGCAGGAUAAAGUCCUGGACAUGGAGAAGAGAAACAACGCCCUGCCUGAUGAGAACAACGUUGCCAGGCUUCAGGAAGAGCUCAUUGCUGUGAAACUGCGAGAAGCAGAGGCCAUCAUGGGUCUGAAAGAACUUAGACAGCAAGUCAGGGAGCUAGAGGAGCAUUGGCAGCGCCACUUAGCUCGUACCUCUGGGCGAUGGAAAGACCCACCUAAGAAAAGUGCUGUGAAUGAGUUACAAGAUGAGCUGAUGACCAUUCGACUCAGAGAAGCUGAGACCCAGGCAGAAAUAAGAGAAACUAAACAAAGAAUGAUGGAAAUGGAAACACAGAACCAGAUCAACAGUAACCAUCUCCGAAGAGCAGAGCAAGAGGUGGUCAGCCUGCAGGAGAAGGUGCAGUGUCUUUCUGCACAGAACAAAGGACUACUUACCCAAUUGAGUGAGGCCAAGCGUAGACAGGCAGAGAUUGAAUGCAAGAACAAGGAAGAGGUGAUGGCGGUGAGACUUCGAGAAGCAGACAGCAUAGCUGCUGUGGCUGAACUACAGCAACACAUUGCAGAGCUUGAAAUCCAGAAAGAAGAAGGAAAGUUUCAAGGACAGCUUAACAAGUCUGACUCUAACCAGUACAUUAGGGAACUGAAAGAUCAGAUAGCAGAGCUGAAUCAUGAGCUCAGAUGCCUGAAAGGCCAGAGGGGCUUCUCCAGCCGACCCCCUUUUGAUGGGAUCCACAUUGUCAACCAUUUAAUUGGAGAUGAGGACUCAUUCCCUUCUUCGGAUGAAGACUGCAUAGAUCAUUCCUUACAGGAAGGUGGUGCUGGUUUCCCUUUGCACCGGAAGUCUGCCCCGUUGUCUUUGGACCCAACCGUGGCAGACGGGAGUGAGAGCGAAACAGAAGACAUUGCGCUAGAGACCAGAGAGGGCGGCCAGGCAGCUCCGCCGCAGCCGCCAAGAAGGGAGUCAUACUCCACCACUGUCUGACCAGCACUGAGACUCCGCUGAAGGGACUGGUAUACACUUAGUGACUGGAGGGACAUACUUGUGUCAUAUGUACAUAUAUAUAUAUAUAUAUAUACAUAUAUGUCUGUAUAUUUCACCAUCUUAUUUGCCUUUAUAUCUCCGCCAAAUCUUUACCUUUGACUUACCAUUGCCAUAAAGAAGUCCGGAAUAUGGUUAAUGGAUAAAACAAGGUUCUAACAGUAUUACUGGAUAUGAAUGUUAUUUUGUUUGUUUAGAAAAGACAACAAUAUCAGUAACAAACCAUUAUGAAGUCUAGAAGUAUGGAAUAUUGAGUCUUGUGUGAUAUUUGAUGCUCAAUGAACAGAUUGUGUAUUUAUGUUUAUCAGUUUGUUUUCAGGACAGCUGUCUAAAACAUUUGACCAAUGUAUUCAUCUGAUUGGCCUUGUGUUUGGGGGGAUUUUUUUUCCCCCAUUAAAAUUCCUAUUCUUUCAGUGGGCCACUAAAAGCUCCCAACUGCACAGCCUUUUUCUGUAUUAUUUUAUAAACACAAACAGUUAUCUGGGCAGUUUAAAAUUUUGUUUUAUCCUAAUUUUAUGUGCAUAUGAUGCUUACAUGUGUUGCUUACUGGUCAGAGUAGCCGAAUAAGAUAACUGCAGACAUGCUGUGUAUUUGUACAUAUUAUAAACCCACACCAUUCACCAGUGACCAUCAUUUUUUAUGGGAACAUACAUGUUGUACAAUGACUGCCUCCAGCCUUCUAACAGGACUUGUGUAAAUAAUACGUUAAAAGACAUCAAACACUAGUAUUUUGCUUAGAUUACAGCUUUGUAACUUAAAUGAUAUUGUUCAGAAACAUCACUGAGGAAAUCUUUUACAUCACGUGCAUGUAACUGAUAACAUUUUUCAUGGCUAAGUGAGUUAUAGCACAUAUUGCUUAGUGCUAAUAUUCUACUUAAUGUAAUUUAAGCAGUGGUCCAGCAUUAUAACAGCAAUUAUAUUUGCAAAUACUCUAUAAGCAUUAUCUUCAGACCCUGUAGUUUAUAGUUUAUAGGUAAAGCCAUAAGAAUCCUUUCCCCUACCAGCCCUGCUUUUUUUAUUUUUUAGACUCCCCACCCCAACCCCAGAAAACGAAAUGCCUGCCAUGGAUAAAUUGAAGAAAACCCUUCAUACAAAUUACAGCUCAUGCAAGACAUAGAUUAUGGAGAAAGAAAGGAAAGUGUUGGCGAAUUGCUUUCCGCUGAUAUUUUUCAUUGGCAGCCUGUGGGGAAAAUAGCUUUGGAGGAUCAGAUGAAAGCAGAAUCCAGUAUGUAUGGAGCUGCAGUUUUGCACAAUACGUUGUAUGUAGAAAAAUGUUUAUGUGAUGAGCUGGAAUAGAAGGGGGGGGGGACUUCGUUUUUUCCCCUCUAAACCCAGGAGUUAAGCCUUAAUAACAUUUUGAACUAAUCUUUUCCAGAAAACCCUUUAUAACUAUUUACUUGCCUGAGAAAUGAGAUUGAAAACAUGCCUGCUGUGUCCAUAGCACUAAAUUCUA